UCUAAUCGCCGAUCGCCUCCACCGCUGCGCUGCCCCGUCCAUCUCUGCUCUGCUCUGCUCCCUCCCAACUAGUCGGGAGCCUCCUCGACCUCGACCGCUCGCUCAAGCCAAGAACCACAGGCCAUGGAGACGGCGGCGGCGGCGUCCACCAAGGGCCCCAGCGCGGCGCCGUCGUGGGCGGACAUGGAGACGGACUGCCUGGUGCACGUGUUCGCGCGCCUCGACCUCGAGGACCUGGCGGCGUCCGCCCCGCUCGUGUGCCGGGGCUGGCGCCGCGCCGCCGCCGACCCGUCCCUGUGGCGCGCGCUCGACCUGCGCCGUGACCACCUCGCGCGCUUCAUGCCCUGGGCGCCCCUCGCCGCCGCCUUCGCCCGCCGCUACGCCGUCCACCGCUUCUCCCUCGCCGGCUUCCUCAGGCUCUGCGUCUCCCGCGCGCGCGGCUCCGCCCACGACGUCGCGCUCCCGCCGCUCCUCGCCGACCCCGCCCACGAGAUCGACCACAUUUCCCUCCAGUGCCCCCGGCUGCAGCGCCUGGCGCUCCCGCAGCUGACGGCGGCCGACGAGGCGCGCCUGCCGGACCUGAUCCCACGUUGGCCGCUGCUGGAGCACCUGGAGCUGGACACCAAGCCGUCCUCCUCCUCCCCCUCCUCGUUCCCGGCGCUCGUCGCGCAGCUCGCGCUGCACUGCCCGGCGUUCGCCAGCCUCAAGACCUCGGGGGCCGUGAAGCCGGAGGACGCGGCGGCGGUGGCGCGCUCGCUGCCCGGGCUCCGCUCCCUCUGCCUGGACCGCUCCUACCUGCCCAGGGAGCAGCUGCUCGCCAUCCUCGCCGGCUGCAGGGAGCUGCGGGAGUUCAGCGCGCGGGGCUGCGUCGGCUUCGACGAAAACGACGAGGAGGUGCUCAGGCGCGGGGCCAGGAUCCAGCGGUUCGACGUCGGAGGGUCCAAGCUGGUGGACGACGACCUGGAGGAGGAGUUCGCCGCCGGUGGCGGCGGUUUCUGCGACUUGUCGGACGUGGACGUGAUCGUGAUGUGAUCUCUGUCCUGGUACUCACCGUCUGACAGCCCACACAUAAACAUAAUUAGGCCUUGUUUAGUUCACCCUGAAAACCAAAAAGUUUUCAAGAUUCCCCGUCACAUCGAAUCUUGUGGCACAUGCAUGAAACAUUAAAUAUAGACGAAAACAAAAAA